AUGGAGGACGAAAUUGCCGCCCUCGUCAUCGACAAUGGCUCCGGAAUGUGCAAAGCCGGAUUUGCCGGUGAUGAUGCUCCACGAGCGGUGUUCCCGUCAAUCGUCGGACGUCCACGACAUCAAGGAGUGAUGGUCGGUAUGGGCCAGAAGGAUUCGUACGUCGGCGAUGAGGCUCAAUCCAAACGAGGUAUCCUCACCCUCCGCUAUCCUAUUGAGCACGGAAUCGUGACAAACUGGGAUGAUAUGGAGAAGAUCUGGCAUCACACCUUCUACAAUGAGCUCAGAAUCGCACCUGAAGAGCACCCAGUCCUGCUCACCGAAGCUCCACUGAACCCGAAAAGCAACAGGGAAAAGAUGACACAGAUCAUGUUUGAAACGUUCAACACCCCAGCCAUGUAUGUGAAUAUCCAAGCCGUGCUCUCGUUGUACGCCUCUGGACGUACCACUGGAAUCGUGCUCGACACUGGAGAUGGUGUCACCCACACUGUGCCAAUCUACGAGGUUGGUUUUGGGUUACGCUCUACCCACGCUAUCCAACGUCUUGAUUUGGCCGGUCGUGACCUUACCGACUACAUGAUGAAGAUUCUUACCGAGCGUGGCUACACAUUCACUACUACCGCUGAACGAGAGAUCGUUCGCGAUAUCAAAGAGAAGCUGUGCUACGUAGCGCUGGACUUUGAGCAGGAACUCGCCACCGCCGCCAGCUCGUCGUCGCUGGAGAAGAGUUAUGAGCUCCCUGACGGACAGGUGAUCACCAUUGGUAACGAGCGUUUCCGAUGCCCCGAGGGUGCGUUCCAACCCGGCCUUCAUCGGGGAUCUCUACGCCACACCGUCCUCUCUGGUGGUACUUCUAUGUUCCCAGGAAUCGCCGACAGAAUGCAGAAGGAAAUCCAACACCUGGCACCAAGCACGAUGAAGAUCAAGAUCAUUGCACCACCGGAGAGGAAAUACUCCGUAUGGAUCGGAGGAUCAAUCCUCGCCUCUUUGUCCACUUUCCAACAACUCUGGAUCUCUAAGCAAGAAUACGACGAAUCCGGUCCAUCAAUCGUUCAUCGCAAAUGCUUCUAA